AUGUCACCGAGGUCGCUUUCGUUUAAACGUUUACAGCAACGUUUGCGACGAUCACUUUGUUAUGGAAAUCAUCAAAUGAAUUCAUUACCGCUUCCACUUUCCGAAUUUGCAAUGGAUUAUUUCAGUAAUCAUUGUCCGCAUGAUCAUAUGAGUAUGGAGUCAGCAACUUCUAUAUCACGUCAUGGGUGCGUGGAUGCAUGUACAUUUUUAGUAGCAAUGGUAUAUCUCGAUCGUAUACGAACUGCUGAUGAAAGUUGUUUUGAAUUUUCUGAUCCGGGUGAAUUGUAUCUUUCGACGCUUAUAAUUGCAAGCAAAUAUCUCCAUGACGUUGGACAGCGAGAAUACAUUUACAAUGAUGAGUGGGCUGCGUUAGCCAGUAUCUCUCUGAAACGAGUCAAUGAAGUGGAACUAAAUGUUCUGGAUGCUAUACACUGGAACACCAUUGUAACUCAUGUGGAAUUUAUACGAAUAUUGGAAGAAGUAGAAGUAUGGAUAGCAAAUGACAGUUUGAAAAAACGCGGAUUUUGUACAUAUAACGAAAUAGCUGUACUUCUCUCGAGGAUCAGUUUCAUACCUGAUUGCGUCAAACCGUUAAUGUUAUCACUUGCUGCACUUAUUUUUAUUUAUGCUACCGCACUUACUUCACUUCUUAUUUGCCAGCAAAUUACGGUUUCAACAAACAUCCAACACCCUUUUGGCUGCUAUUAUACUAGUCGUUGUGUCCGUACGAUGCGAACUUGCGUGAUUGGUACUGGGAUAAGUGGCUUGCCUGCUAUCAAAGAAUGUCGUGCCGCUGGUCUCAAUGUAAUAGCCUACGAACGUACCGGUGACAUCGGAGGCUUGUGGAAUUACCGUCCUGAAUUGACCGAGGGAGGUACAGUGAUGAAGUCAACGGUGAUGAACACAUCAAAAGAAAUGUCAGCUUAUUCUGAUUUUCCACCACCUGCUAACUUUUGCAAUUUUAUGCACCAUUCAAAAGUUUUGGAAUAUUUGAAAAACUAUGCCAAAGCAAAUAACUUAUAUCAAUACAUUCAAUUUAAUACCACAGUACAGCAGGUUUCACGAGUGGGCAAUUUUUGGGAAGUAAAAACAAGUAAUGGUGAUAAAAAGCUAUUUGAUUAUAUAAUGAUAUGUACUGGACAUCAUAGUAUCCCACACUAUCCUCAAAUACCUGGAAGUGAAAAAUUCAAAGGACGCAUUCUUCAUUCCCAUGAAUAUCGUGAUUACAGAGGAUUUGAAGAAAAAGACAUUUUUAUUGUUGGAAUUGGUAAUUCGGCUCUUGAUAUUGCCGCAGAAUUAUCCAGAGUAUCGAAGUCGGUGACAGUUUCCACUCGACGUGGUUCGUGGAUAUUUAAUCGUGUAAGUCAAGGAGGUAUUCCUAAUGAUCUAAAGAUGAUGACUCGUUUAUAUAACUAUUUGAUGGAUAAAUUGCCAUGGUCAGUUGUUAACGAUUUCAUGGAACAUCGUUUACAGUUACGAAUAGAUCAUGAACUGUAUGGACUUCGACCCAAUCAUCGAUUUCUACAACAACAUCCUACUAUCAACGAUGAUUUACCCAACCUUCUUUGUAGUGGACGAAUUGUUAUUACGGAAGAUAUUGAAUUAAUUCAUGAAAGGAGUAUUGAAGUCAAGGGAGGACGUCAAUUUCCAGCUGAUGUGAUUAUUUUUGCAACCGGCUACACAUUUGGUUUCCCAUUUUUGCAUCCGGAAUUUAUUAUACCAAUAAAAGAUCAUGAAGUGGAACUAUACAAAUAUGUUUUUCCGUUGAAAUAUCAUUCUUUAGCGGUUAUUGGUCUAAUCCAACCUAUUGGGAGUAUUUUACCAAUAUCUGAAAUGCAAUCUCGAUGGGUUGCUGCUAUAUUUAAUGGUCAAAUUAAAUUACCUUCUCAUGCAGAUAUGUUGGCUGAUAUCAAACUGAAGCAAGCUCAAAUUAAGAGAAGAUAUUUCAAAAGUAUGAAACAUACUUUCCAAGUGGAUUACAUCAAAUACAUGGACGAAAUUGCUGAACAAAUAGGUUGUAGGCCUACUUUAAUGAAGUAUAUAUUCACAGAGCCCAGUUUUUGCCUUCGACUGUUUAUUGGUGCUAAUGCACCAUAUGUUUAUCGACUUGAAGGUCCUGGAUCUUGGAAUAAGGCGAAGGAAACGUUAAUGAACCUUCCGGAACGUGUCAAAGUUCCACUGAAGAACAGAGAAUGUUACAUGAAACGAUAUAAAAGACGCGGGAGAAUUGUAAGUUUGACAAAAUUGAUCAUUACUCCUACGGCAGAUAACUAA